AUGCUGCAACUUUCGCCUGCUGCGCUUUGUGCCAAUAUCGAGACUUUAUCAUGGGAAUUUAGGUAUAUAAUGCUGCUGUGGUUAUCUCUUAUAUGCAUGAUACCUUUCGACUUGAUGCAUUUCGAUCAAAAACCAUGCAAUCAACAACAAGGUCUUAACACGAGCGACAAUAUCCAGAAGACGGGGUUGCAAUUUCUCAGCUCACCUGGUAAGGAACGGGAAGCUGCUGCGCUAGUUUUGGCUCGAUUGAUGCUGAGUGUCAACCGCCCUGUGAUGUUUUCGAAGUCCGUCAAGAAAUGUUUAAAUGGACCACCUGAUGUCACAACUAAAGAGAAUUUAGUUUUCGCCGCUGCUUCUAUUCAUUUAGGUGACUGGGAUCAUACAGGCUCUAUGACUAUCACCGUCCGAAAGCUACGCACCAAGCUAGCUGGCCGCAUUGCGAUACUUUGUUUGUCGGCACCCCAACACUUAUCAGGAAAUGACAAUCACGAGUCCAUGGAAGAGGUCGAAGAGAUCAUCCAGCAACUCCUGAAUGCACUUGAGGACAAGGAUACUAUAGUGCGAUGGUCAGGAGCCAAAUACCUGGCUCGACUUGCUAAACGAUUGCCCUCUGAAUCUGCAUGCCAAGUCAGCGAUGCCGUACUCGACUUGUUUGGGCCUUAUCAACCGGGGACGGACUCCAAUUCAUCAAGCGUAUCUGAACAUACAUGGCACGGUGCUUGCUUAGCAAGUGCAGAAUUUUUGCGCUGGAAGAUAUUCCCACUUUCCCGUCUUCAGCGGCUGCUGGAUUGGACGAUUCGACUGAUGGAGCGUGUUGAAUUGAUACAGGCACUGCAUUUUGAGCGGCGGAAGGGUGUUCAAAAUAUAGGUUCAGGCGUACGUGAUGCAGCAUCGUACGUCCUGUGGUCAAUAGGACGCGCGUUCACUGCGAAUGAUGUUGUUCCUUGGGGCGAGCGGCUUGCAAUCGAGUUGGUUUUACAAUCGCUCUUUGAUCGCGAGGUUCACAUCCGCCGUGCGGGAAGCGCAGCUUUUCAAGAGAACGUCGGUAGGCUGGGUGUAUUUCCUCAUGGGAUCCAGGUUCUUCAACUUGCGGACUUUUUCACCGUAGGAUUGCGCAGAUCUGCGUUUUUAAUAGCAGCACCUGAAGUCGCCAAAUAUGAGGUUUAUCGGCAGUCGAUAUUGAAUCACUUGAUCACAGUCUGUAUCUGUCACUGGGAUAACGAAAUACGUGAACUGGCUUCCCAGUCAGUUGGAAAGAUUGCUAGCUACUCAAUUAACCAGAUUUCUGAAACGAUCCUCGAGAUAAUGGCUGACAAAAUAGCUCUCACUGACCAGAUAUUCAUGACGAUCACGAGCGUCCAAGACGCAUACCUAAAAUCUUAUAGCUCGAACCCGCUACUGAUUGGAAUCUGUGAAGGACUUUUGUACAGUUUCUCAGCGGAUCAGCCGGAUGCCGCAGAAUUCCCAGCAUCACUCUUUUGGAAGAACGUAUUGACUAUCGCGCUCAAGCGCCCUGAUGACACCUUGCAUCUUGCUAUUCAACGCGUUUUGCAUAAAUUUUCAAGCGUUGGAGUGGGUCUCGGUCACAUCAAGCUUCUUUCAACUGAACUUCAAAAGGGGCGCCCGGUUUCCAAACAGGCUGCAGCUCGUCUGCUGGGUGGUUUUGUGUUCAAGGUGGAACAUGCCCGGCCCUUGUUUGGACAGGCGCUCGGUAUGUUAUUGAAUUGCGCUGAUAGGGAGAAACCGAUAACUGGAACGAGAAUCGAAUUGAGACGAAAUGCAAUAGAAUCUCUCGUUUCUUUGCUGACUAAUCUGGACGAGGUCUUCGAGGAUCUCGUGUCUCCUGAGCAGUUUUCAGCCGUCAUAAACAUCUUUUUGAGCGGAGUUCGAGACUAUACCACUGACGAACGUGGUGACGUGGGAUCCUGGGUGAUCAACGAGGUGUUGGUCGGGAUCCUGAAGCAGACAGUUGAAAGUAUCGAUAGUCUGCGCGAACGAGCAUGGUAUACCACAUCGAGACUGCUGUGCGAACCCUUGGCAACUGAAAUUGAUGGGUUCGACUCUCUUGCCAAAAUAUUCAACCGAGAUAAUGCAGAGCACUGGAGAGAGCUAUCUUGGACGUUUCCUCAAACGUUGGAAUUACUCAAGUUGAGCGCUGAUGAUGAAAGUGGUAGUAUGCGUGACUACAUUGAUAACAUCGUGGAAGGUAUCGCAUCUCUUAUUGGUGGCCAGGGAAAUCGUGACGCACGCGAAGCGGCGCAAAUCUUUUGUUCUUAUCUGAACGCUAGUCAGAAUGUCAAACUCAUCAGGGAGAUCGUGCGAAGGUGCCUCUUGAUUGCACGCACACGGGUCAAAGAGCCCAAGUCCAUCAUCUUUGCACUUGAAACCCUUGCCAUGCUUCUUGAGCUACCCGAGACGCUAGGCAUAUUGGAACGCGAAGCAUGUGAUCAAAAACUCCUCAGAGAUAUACUUUUAAUAGCGACGCAUGGAUUGGGACGUCCAAACUUUCCCAUGCCUCGGGUAAUAGUGGGUAUGAAAAUUGUGAUUCGACUUACCAGCUUCGAAACCACAAGGACCAAUGCGGGCCAAUAUCUGCAAAAAUAUCUCACCCAUCGACUUCCUCGGAUUCGUAGCAUGACUGCCGAGAUGAUGUAUAAUCAAUUACAAUUUCAUGCUGAGGAGAUGCCUGAGGUCGAGGAACUUUUGACUGGAACGGACUGGUCAGCAGACGUGAAUGAAUAUCAAGAGCAAGCAAACAAGAUAUCUAACGUUCUGUCAGGGUCUCCUGCUAGGGACAAGGACUUGGCGCAUCACGCUUAA